AUGAUAAAUAAUGAAUUAAAUGACUUUGUAAAAAAAGCAUAUUAACACAAUUUAUUGAGUAAACUAUUUAAUAUAUCCUUCAAGCUCCUCUCAUGAAUAAAUUAAGAAUACGUACUUAAAUAGUAAGCAGAUCCAUUAAUAAAGAUUAAAAUAAGAAAUUCUUAAGUAAAGUUGCAAAUACAAGUCAAAAUGAGAAAAUUUCGCAAUAAAAGAUUAGUGAUGAAGAUACAGAAAGGAGUAGUUCGAAACUUUUUAGCUCAUUCUUGUUACGACAGGAAAGAAAAAACACUUUAAGUCCUUAGAAAAUGAAUAAAAUUUUAUCCAAUUCUAAGGAAGAAAUACCGUAAUAGUUAGCUGAUGUUUUUGGAGAGAUAAAUAGAAUGGAAGUUGAAUCUGAUGGCAAGCUAAGAUGUAAAUCAAUGUAUGUUAGGAAUAUCAGAAUAAAUAAAUAAUAACUAGCUAAAUAUUUAUAAAGAUAUUACCCUGAUAUUAUAUGUGAAUAAAUUGUAAAAGUUUUGAAAAUUCCUCAAAUUCUGACUUUUAGCUAAUAUCAUAAGUUGAUUAGAAAAAUCGAAAAUUUAGAUUUAAAAUAGUAAAUUCGUGUCUGUUUUCUCUUUUAUGAUUUAAAUAAUUAAGCAGAAAUAACUACUAAGAAUUUAAUUGAAUUAUUAAAUCAAAAUGGCAAUCCAUAAAUUGAGUUAGAUAUUCUCCACAUGAUUAAAUAAACAAAGAUUUAGAUAUCAAAUCAGAUAAACAAUGAUGUAAAAUAGAUCUUACCUUCCAUAUUGCCUCUCAGUGUUUUAAGGUCUAAUUAGAUCAGAGUGUGAUUCUGUCAUAAGGAAAAUAGUCAGUAGUAUCGAAUGAUGGUAGAAGGGGACAGCAGGGAAAUGUUAGUUAGAGGAACUCCUUAGAUUUUAAUAUUGAAAUUGAUUAGGAUAGCACAAGUCAUUCCAGAAACACUCUUACAAAGAAGAAAAUUAUGUUAAUUACUCAAAUAAACAAAGAAGAAUAGGAACUUGAUGUAAAAAAUAUAGUGUUUUAUAAAUCUGAAAGAAAGAAAAAUAAAAGCAAAUUUAUGAAGGAUGAAAAUAAAAAUUAAAAUAAAAUUAGUAUAGAUUUGAAUAAAUUUACUAAUAUUUGGUAUCCUCAAAAACCUAAUUUAUUUAAUGACCUACUAAGAAAUUUAACUUCAAAACCAUGA